GAAACGGCAAGCCUUUGGCAAGCAUUUGAUGUGGCCGACACAUGCACAGCCUCGUCCAACGUGUUAGGAAACAGCGCCAGAAAAAGUAUGAGAAAGGAGGGUUGCCCCCGAUGAAGAAGGAUCAAGUGGUGAUGCGCCUGCAGGAACUGCACGAUCGCCAACUGUCGUCAUCCGGCUUCCAAGCCAACCAUCUCGUGAUGUUGGAUCACAUGGAGCAGUCGCAGAGCAUCUCCAACUACCUCGAAGGCCGCUUCCAUGACAUGUAUGCCGCCACGCCCGUUCACGGCGGCGGUGACGAUGACGACGACGGCGACGAGUGGACUCAGUCUGCGCACCUGAAGUCGUCGUUGAAAUCUGCGACCGUGGGGAUGCUGGAGCCCCUGAAGACACUCAAAGCGGCUCGCACAACCAAAGAAUUGGUCCGUCGAACUCUUGCAAUCGCCCCCACGCUCAAGGCGACCCACAGCACAGUCAACUUGACUGAAAACAUCGCACCAGUGGAGCGCAAGCUGCCGCCGCUGUUCUAUCGCAUGCGGCAAGUGUGGGCCACUGCGUUUACAAGUCCCGUGUCGGAAGAAGAAAGACUCGGCCUUCCGACUGUCGAGAACGCCCGCAUGUUGUUUGGCAUUGACAUUUACGAAGCCAAGGGCAUCGUGAAAAUGUUUGGGGUGGGCUCGGUCGAGUCGUUGUAUCAACUGUACACGAAAGAGCGCAUCUACGGCCGCGAAGGCCAAAUGCGAGAGAACAUGACCAAAGCUGUCUUUUCUAUCCGCACGUCGACCCGCAUCAUGGCCAUCCUCAAGCAGAUCGACUCGUUCAGCAUCUUUUUGGAUUCAAAGCCCAAGAAGGACCUGCCACCAGCAUCCCCCGCCGCAGGGCCAGCCGCGAGCGACGUCCCCCUGGACGAAGUGGACGAGAACUCGGACGACGACGGCGAAAGCAGCGGUCCCGGGUCGGGGGACGGCGCCACGCCACCCAAACCGACUACCCGCUCACCAACCAAGCCACCAGUAGCCACCGUCGGCUCAACCGACAUCGCAGCAGCUAGUCCUUCCAAGCCCAAUGCUCCCGCCGUGGAAUCAGUGCUACCCCUGAUAGGGCCACAUACACCGGGAGGACCCACCGUGGACUUGGUGGGGGUGUACUUGCAGCAGUGCGCCGUGCAGCAAGUACUGCCGUCGAAGCGCGUGAUUAGUCAGCUGCCUGCGUUGGUUGUGGAUUGCGCGCACUUCAACUUGGGCCACAACGGCAUCAUCGCGAUGGCUCACGCGUUGCAACACAACACGGCGUUGGUCGAGCUCAAUCUAACCGACAACUGGAGCCUCGAGCCGGGAGGGCACCAGCUCGCGCAGGUCGUGGCAUCGUGUCCGCACCUCACGACGCUGGACUUGACCAACAACCGCAUCGGCACGCGCAGCGCCAUGCUCCUCUUCGGCGCCGUCACGUCAUCCUCGACCUUGUCGCGGCUCGUGCUCAAGGGAAACGACCUGUACGACCGCAUUCACACCGCCGUCGGCGCCUUGUUAGCUACCAACUCAUCGCUGACGUUCCUUGACUUGAGUGACAACCGUGUGCGCAACAAAACUGGCACCGCCAUCGGCCACGCCUUGCUCGCCAACACCCACCUCCAGGCGUUGCACUUGACAUGGAACACCAUGUCCACGACAGGAUGCCUACCGAUCCUCACGGCGCUGGCCACCACCAACCAGUCGCUCAAACAUCUGAGUCUGGGGUGGAACCGUCUGGGCGACGAGACUGGCUGCUUGGUAGCGACCAUGUUGUUGCGGAACCAGACGCUCGAGUCACUCGAUCUUACAAGUGCGCAGCUGUCGUGCGCGUCCGUGGGGUUCCUGGCCGACGCGGUGACAUUCAACGAGGGGCUGGCUCGGCUCAACUUGGACCAGAACCCCAUCGAUCAGACUGGGGUGUCGCUCAUGUUGCAAGCGGCCAAGCAGCGCGAACGGUCCAAAAAGCAUCCGCUGCGACUGAGUUUGGAGCACAUGGUGUUCAAGCAUCGCGCGACGGACGCGCCGCCUCCGCUGCCGUACGACCCCCGAGAUCCGUCGGGGUACUACCGGUUGAGUCUCAAGGUCCCGGCAGAGCGCACGGCGUUCGAGUUGCUGAAGCGACGGCACGAGUUGCACCUGGGGACGUUUCACCACGUCGUAGCCAACAAGUUCAAAGUCGACGCCAACCACCUCGGCCGGAUCCCGCCCAACGCCACCGUCCGGUUCGAGUACGUCGCGACGGCCGCCGCCGCCGACGCGACCGACGACAUGAUCCAUUUCCGACUGGAUUUGGCCAAACCGUCCGAUCGAGCCAUGGCGAGAGCGCUCAUGGAACGAGCCGAAGCCGAAAGUGGUGAAAACUGGAUCAACGAGACAUUGGACGGCGUGCCGUUCGACUUUGACGAGCUCGCGCAGUCCGGCAUCCGGUGGCUCGACGGGCAUCCCACGGGAGUGCUCGAGCUGGACUACAUCACCACGACCCUCUUUUGCGAAUCGCAUUACAAGUUGAAACUCCAAGACAAGUCGGACCGGGCGAUGGCGUGGAAGCUCUUGGAACGGGUGCAACGGAGUCAGAACAACUCCCACGACGUCGGCGACGAGUGGCGCCACUUGACGCUGGACGGCGCGCCGCUGUCGCUCGAGGCGUGGGCGGUGGCCCAGAGUGUGGCCGUGGCGGCGCUGUCCACCGCGACCAAGUGGAAAUGGAGGGUGCCUAUGCAAGGCACGAUCGAGUUUGACUACUUUACGCCCCAUCCCCACCACGUUCUCGCACACCACUACCGGCUGGACCUGGCCAACGACGCUGACCGCGUGCUGGCCCACGAGUUGCGCGUGCGGUCGCUGGACGGCAUUGGCGAGUGCUGGUGGAACGAAGAGAUCGACGGGUACCCGUUCCGUCUCACCGAGUCGUUGGACGUCGACUUUGACUUUCCCACCCGCGGCCUCCUCGAGUUUGACUUCAUUUUGCUCCGUCCGGCGCACUUUGUCACAACCAUGACCAUCGACGAGUGCCAGAGGUUCGACUUGGGAGCGUUCGACGACUUUCUCUGCGCAGAGUUCCUCCGGCGGGUGGCCGUCGCGGACUCGUACCAUUACGUAUGGACCAACGCUGCGAUCAACGGCGCGCCGUACGUGGUGGCCGACACCAUGCUCCCUCCCACGGGAUGGCUGUCGUUUACGGGUCUGGUCUUUCUCGGAAAGGAUCCGUCGCCUGUUGAAAUGAUCUCGUUUCUCAUCGAGCAACUUGCACAGCAACAAGACAACCCCGACAGGCAAAUAUACCUACUUGAAAUCGCCUGCGGGUACGUAACAUGACGUGGUUACUUGUCGUGUUAUGACGUGGCACUCUCUCCUUUGUCCAUAAAGGGUGCACGAGCACGAUGGGUUCCAGCACCACGACACGCCGCCCAUGUUUUUCAUCAGCGCCAUCGUGCCCGACGUGUUGCGCACGAUCGCGUCCGAGAAGCACCAGGCAGAUGCGAUUCAGAUUUUAUGGCCAACCAUUCUCGACAAGCCGCGACUGGCGCUGAAGGUCCUGGAAGUCAAGUGCGACGGACCGCCGCGGUGGUUUGGCGCCGACUCGUUCGCCGCGUUCGAAGCCGCCGUGUUGGACCGGUUCCUUCGCCACCGACUCCAUUUAUAAGCUAACGUUACUAUUUAAACACACGCUCUAUCGAA